AUCGAAAAGAAGAUAGUAAGUUCACUUCCUCCAAUUGCAGAAAACCUGGAAUCACUUUUAGAAAAAUAUAAUCAAGCUAUCAUAGACGCCACAACUGGAUACUAUGUAGAUUUGCAGAAGAGACUGGUCUCUUCAGUGGAUACAACAAAUUUACACCACCUUCUUAAAAUGUUUCCAGACAUUGACGCGUCCGAGUAUGCAUACAGAAGUUGGAUCGUAAAUCAACUUUGGGAGGAUAUUUUUUUGGACAAAACCCAAUUGGAUCUCGCAAGAGAUGUAGAUAAACGUAAAUCGUGUGUAGGUAGCUGGCAUCAUGAUGCCAUUUUAACUAUGAAAGCCAGGAAUAAAGAUUUUCAAAUAGCAUUUGGUGAGGUAAUCGGGAAUGCGUUUAAACAAGAUGACAAAAAGUUGAACGAGGACCGAGAGAAAAUACUCAAAGCCAUGCGGUUAGUCCUUUCAAAACUUUGGAAACUAUUGCCUGAAAAUAUGUCAGGUACCGAAGAGUUGGAAACUUUCGGAUUACUUGUAUAUAAAAAGGAGUUCUUUCUUUAUUCCAUGCAUUACGUAGAUGGAAUUUAUUUUGUUGAUCAGUAUAAUGGAUUCACAAUUUCUGAUACACCAUUACAGCUGGGGAAUAUAUCUGAUAUCAUUCGCAUAAUGCUUAUGUUUAAGAAUCGUGUUAUAAAACUCCAACAGCAUGUGGAAUCUUUGUAUAAAUCCAAAACCAGUUUUAAACGUGGCAGUACUCUGCAUGCAGAUGAUGAUGAUGACGAUUUGACCAUUCUU